GUGGGGCAUAUGUAUAAAGCGACAUACAUACAUAAAUCUCGUUCCUACUAGCAGCUUUGUAAACUUAUAAGUUCAUGCUUACUUUUAUUUGAAGAAAGCACGUAUUUAUUCCUUAUAUAGUACAAAACAUGUUAACAGGUGCAAUCACCGUAUGUUUACUCCUAUCUACAUCGCAAGCGGGGCCGCCUUUGAAGCAAUUACAUAUUCUGUUUCGACACGGAGACAGGUCGCCCAGCGGAUCAUAUCCAACAGAUCCGUACUGGAACUAUAGUUGGCCAGGAGGAUGGGGUUCGUUGACCAAUGUGAGUUGACCAUUCAUAAAGCUCAUGCUAUUUAACUGCUUAUACAGAGUGUCCCAGAAUAGAGGCAAUCGUUCGAAAUCAUGUGUCAGUAUACAGGGUGUUUUCAAAGUUGAGUCAUUUAUUUUAACGGCUUGUAGAACUUGAUAUACCAAAAACCAACUUUAUAAAAGUUGCAUGAUAAGAGAGUUAGCUUACAUUAUUGAAAAUUAUUUAAAAGAAAUCAUCAAGUUAAAUUGAUACCGUUUUUACAAAAACUGUUCAAAAUUGUCCCCAUUUGUUCGAUCAACCCAAAGCUUGCUCGGCGAACUCACGACUCUUCACAACAGAAAAAUCUUCUAUGUUGGGAUGUUUGAAUGUUUUGAAUAGCUAAAAAACUCACGCGCCACUUCUUACCUAAUGAUUGGGCAUCUUAUUAAGUAUUUCACUUUGAAGCAGAAGCGAGGGGGCAUAUGCCCCCCCCCCCAAUGGGCGCACAUGUCGACAAGCGUCCCUGCUCUGUUGAGUUGCGAUGCGACGUUGCCAGAUAGACGGAACUACGGGAAUGGUAUGCAAACGAUGAUAUGGACUGAUUGGUCUAAUUUAAACAUGCUGAUUUCGUCCACAACGAACGAAAGCAUAACAAAUACUCUCUAACCAAAGUCUAUGUGUACGAGGGAUGUCUUUUAAGUUUUGCAUAUGGAAUUAAAACAACACGGUAGGAAAAUUACAAAUGUACAAACUAGGCCAGAUUCUACGGAAGCAGUAUUCAGACUUUAUACCCGCCCAGUAUUCUGCAAAAAAUAUAGCAGUAAAUAGCAGUUCUGUUGACAGAUGUAUCAUGAGUGCAUUGGCAUUUAGCGCUGGCAUGUUCCCUCCAACAGGCGAGCAGGUUUGGACUCAGGAAAUUCUUUGGCAGCCUAUCCCUGUUCACUAUUUGCCCAGAGAUCUAGAUACAACACUAGUCAUGAAAAAGCCAUGUCCCAAAUACGACGCAAUGUUCAAAGACGUCGAGAAUUCUCCAGUGUUGAAAGCUCUAGAAAGAAAGUACAAGCCCUUACUUCAACACCUCUCAAAGCAUACUGGCAUGGAGAUAAAAACAGUUAGACAAGUGGAGAGUUUGUACAUCAUACUUCAUAUUCAAAGGUAUCAUAAUCUAACUCUUCCUAGUUGGCUGAAUGACUCCAUGAUGGCAGAUAUGAAGAUGUUGGCCGCGCGGACAUUGGCGUAUUAUUCAGAAACAGAAUAUAUGAAGAGAAUUAAGGGAGGUUCUUUCUUGAAACAUGUUCUACGCUCAAUGGAAAGUAUAUUAAAUGGGCAAGAAGAAGCUCAAGUUAAUUUAUAUUCAGCUCAUGACAUAACUCUCGUGCAUGUGCUGAGGGGUUUGCAUCUCGUAGACGACACAGUUAAGCCAGAUUACGGAGCUUAUUUGAUAUUCGAACUGUACACUGAUGGAGAAGUCAAGUUCAAAUACAGUAACGCCUGGGACAGCCAACCAGAUCCUGGUAUGGUACUAUGUCGUACCCCAUGCAAGGUAAAACAAUUGGAACAUAUGCUGAAAUCUAUGAUACCAGUAGACUAUGAUCAGGAGUGUAGAUUACAACUCGCAUCUAAUUCGUCUACAAGCUUAUCCAUAUGGACUGGUUAUGUGAUAUGUAUAGUUACCACUAUAAUUAUUUGUAAUUUUUCACAAAAUAUGUAUUAAACAAUUUCUAGGUCAUUUUAGUUGCAAGAAUGUUGAACAGUAUCUGCCUCAAGCUCUGAUGACUGUAUUUGUUUGGAAUAAUUGUAAUUUAUGAAAUAAACACAAGUCUUUCACGA